AUGACAUCCAUGGGCAAAGUCUUUGCUGGCUACGGCGCACGACAGGCCGUACUUGAGGCCAGCAAAAACCCCUACACCCAGGGAAUCGCUUGGGUAGAAGGGGAGCUCGUCCCUCUAGCUGAAGCUCGCAUCCCGCUACUGGACCAGGGCUUCCUGCACAGCGACCUCACCUACGACGUCCCCUCCGUCUGGGACGGGCGCUUCUUCCGACUGGACGACCACCUCAAGCGUCUAGAGGCCAGCUGCGCGAAACUCCGGCUCAAGCUCGCCUUACCCCGCGACCAGGUCAAGCAGAUCCUGGUGGAUAUGGUGGUGAAAAGCGGCCUCCGCGAUGCCUUUGUCGAGGUAAUGGUAACGCGCGGACUGAAGUGGAUUCGCGGCGCGCGGUCCGAGGAGAUCGCCAAUAACCUCUAUAUGUUCGUGCAGCCCUAUAUCUGGGUUUCGGAGCCGGAGGAACAGCGAGGCGGUGGGGGGCGGGCUGUCAUCGCGCGCACGGUGCGCCGCGUGCCCCCCGGUGCCAUUGACCCGACGAUCAAGAAUCUGCAGUGGGGGGAUCUCAUGCGGGGGAUGUUCGAGGCGACGGAUCGGGGUGCCAUGUACCCGUUCCUGACGGACGGUGAUGCGCACCUGACGGAGGGUUCCGGGUUCAACAUCGUCCUGGUCAAGGAUGGGAAGUUGUAUACCCCUGACCGUGGGGUGCUAGAGGGCAUAACGCGCCGCAGUGUGAUGGAGGUUGCGAAAGCGAAGGGGAUUGAGGUGCGGCUUGAAAUGGUGCCGGUCGAAUUGGCGUAUAACUGCGAUGAGAUCUUUAUGUGUACGACGGCGGGAGGCGUCAUGCCUAUCACUUGGUUGGAUGGGAAGCCGGUGAAUGGGGGAGAGGUUGGACCAGUAACCAAGGCUAUAUGGGAUGGCUAUUGGGAUAUGCACUACGAUGACAGAUAUAGCUUUGAGAUUAAGUACAAUGAUUAG